GUGAUGCCUCACUCAAAAGCCGACCAAACCACACUCUUGGCUCUUGGCUCUUGUCCUCGAACACAAUCUAGCCAGCCAUGGGUAGCCACCGUGUCCAUCCCCUCCUCUUCCUCAUCCUCUCCAUUCUAGCCACCUCCACCCUCUCGUGCAUCAGCGCUGAUUCCUCGCCGUCGCCGGUCUACGACACCGACGGGCACGAGCUGCGCGCCGAUGCCAACUACUACGUCCUUCCGGCCAACCGCGCUCACGGCGGAGGGCUCACGAUGGCGCCAGGCCACGGCCGCCGCUGCCCGCUCUUCGUGGCGCAGGAGCCCAGCGGGCACGGCGACGGGUUCCCCGUGCGUAUCACUCCGCACGGUGGCGCGCCGUCCGACCAGAUCAUCCGCCUCUCGACCGACGUCCGCAUCCACUUCCGCGCCUACACGACGUGCGUGCAGUCCACCGAGUGGCACAUCGACAGCGAGCUGCUGUUCGGCCGCCGGCACGUGAUCACCGGCCCGGUCACGGAGCCGAGCCCAACCGGCAGGGAGAACGCGUUCCGCAUCAAGAAGUAUAUUGGCAGCUCGGAGGCGCGCGAGUACAAGCUGAUGUCCUGCGGAGGCGACGGGAACUCGUGCCAGGAUUUGGGGGUGUUCAGGGACGGCAAGGGCGGCGCGUGGUUCUUGGGCGCCACCGAACCCUACCAUGUCGUCGUCUUCAAGAAGGCGCCGUCCACCGUUUAAGUUUCUCCUUUCCUUUUGCGUGUUCGUGCUCAGCGUGCAUGAUGAAUAAUAAGGUGGGUCUAGAAGUGUGGUUUUGUUCCGUUCUUAGUUGUCUUCGUGCGACAUGAGCACUGAGAAAGGGUUCCUUCUGGCCACUCGGCAACUGCCUAAGCCCAAUGCAAAUGAACUUCGUAUUUUGUCGCACUACCAAAGUGUCAACCAGGCUUA